ACUUAGAAGCUCUUGAACCUAACAAGCAAUCAUGCCGCGAAUUAUUAUCAAAGGUGGUGUUUGGAGAAAUACAGAGGUAUGUGAAAUAUAAGCUUCAAAAAGCUCAUGUAACAGUGUAAGUUUGCACACUUUAAUUUGUAAUCUCAGAUGAAAGUAAUAUGGGUCAUGGAUCAUGAACGCUCUCGUAAGAACUAGUUUUAGUUGAAUGAUUUACAUGUAUCAACCGCCCAGUACUCAGGACAACAACAGAUGAAAUAGACGUCGGUAAUGAAUUUAAGAUCAAUCUGCUGUCAUUAUACUUUAUCGUUGUGUGAAUCACGCUUGAAUAUCUUACAGUGUAACUGUUUUUUUUUUUUUUUUUUUUUACAAAAAAUUGGAUGAAAAAUUGCGUGAUUGUAUUUUAUUUUACCCAAAGGAUGAAAUCCUCAAAGCUGCUGUUAUGAAAUAUGGAAAAAACCAGUGGUCUAGAAUUGCAUCCCUGUUGCAUCGUAAGUCAGCAAAACAGUGCAAAGCUAGAUGGUAAGUUAAAAUGUGAAGAUACCAGGUCUAUCACUUAACACUCUUCAGAAUAACAGAAAAACAGUUCAAACUGUUGUAGACUGUUCAUUGGAAUAAUUUUAAGGCUGGUUUUCACUAGCGAUUGAGUCCGAGUCGGAGUCGUAAUCAGAAGCAUAGAACUUUACGGUCUAGAGCAAACAGCGUUCUGAUUCUUCUGAUUCCGCUUACGACUUCGUUGUUUAUAAUCAAGUGAAAACUGGGUCAUCAGAGUCACAAGCUGAAGUGGAAGAAUUAAACCAAUCACAAAGCAUGGGAGCGUGCAUUGUGAUUGGUUUAUCGUUCCACUUCUGCUUCCCAUUCUGACAAUCUGUUUUUCACUAAGGGUGCGUUCGAUUGGGAAAUCAGGAUUUAGAUUUUAAAAUCCGGAUUUCGGAUUUGCAAUCGAACGCGAAAUCCGGAAACAGAUUUUAACGCUGAGAUAUCUGUUUUUGGAUUUUCAUUGUUACUGUUCGAUUGGGAAAUCCGAAAAAGAAUUUGAAAAAGUGUCCUUAAGAACAGUGGUCUUGCAUGCGGACGCAUACUUAGCAAAAAGAAGACCACUGUUCACGAGAAUAGUUUUGCAAAUCCUUUUUCGGAUUUCCCAAUUGAAUGACAAAAAGGGAAAUCCAAAAAAUCCAGAUUUGGAUUUCUUAAUUGCAAUCCACCCUGAGGACAAAAACAUCGAUUUAUCCUAGAUCAUAAGCAACUUACAACUUCGCUUAUGACUCUGACUCUGACUCCGUUGCUAGUGAAAACCAGCCUUCAUCUGCAGCUUCUGGUUUCGCUCUAGUUUGGAACAUUUUGACUUCAUUGUUAUGUUCAAAAGUAAGUUGACAGUCCAUUGGGGGUCUGGAUUCUCAAUUUUUGAUUCUUGCGUGAAUUGAGAGUUGAGAACACGGUAUACAGUGACUUUUCAUUUAGUCAACAGCUUUUUCCAGUGAAAACUUACAUGUAAUGCAAAAUAUCUCAAAGAUCAAUAUGCAGUGAUGAUUGCUAUUGCUGAGGUUUACAAUAGUAUGCUUGAGCUUUAUAAAUUCUUUCUCACCUAGAUGGUGCACCUAGAUGUGGAAAAUGGUUGUCCAAUGGGCGACCUAGUUGAAAAAUUAAUUUCGAACCCUGAUAAGUAUGUUCACCUUGUUGUAGAGUGUUGUCAGUUUCAUCAGGUAAUUAACUUGUCCAGAGAAAAUGACGGUGAGCGAAUUGAUUUUUGGGUGAAGUGACUGCAAUUCUAUCUGUAAGAAUGAAGUCGCUGAUAAAAUUAAUUUGUGGUUGAUUUGUUGAACUGUUCAUGCAGUUAAAGUAUGGUGGAAAUCUCAGUACCAUAAGAUGUUGUUCGAAUCUUCCCAAGUUUUCUAGAAUAGUAGUGCCAAAUAUUCAAACCUGUUUCUUUAGGGAUAUUUAAACCUCCUGUUUUGAAUUUCAUUUUAGGUAUGAAUGGCUUGACCCCAGCAUUAAAAAGGUGAGAAACAAUUUUAGUGUAAAGGCUCUUAAAUUUAAACUGAACACUUUCAGCCUCUUUGCCAUGUGUCCUGCUUCUUGAGAAUAGUGGUAGUUACUACGCCUGGGAAGCUGUUAUACAUGGUUGUUUGCCAUUUUUACCUUCAAGACAAAGGUUUUAAUAUCUUUGAAAAAGAUACAUGACUAUUAAAUCAUCAGCUAGAGAAACAGAAUGGAGUGGUUAGGGAGUGAGAGUCCAAACUAACAUUCUUUAGAUUUUGAUUUUAAAACAAUAUAGCAUCAGGCCCAAAGGGUUACCAUUUUUGUUGUCUGUUGGUGAUGAAAAUUGAGAAAAUGUGUUAGUAUCUUCAAGUAGGCUGAACCUUCAUACACUGUGCAUGUACACGUGAGCAUUAUACAUUGUUAUGACAUCCUUUCCUAAACAGUAUUGGUAGGUGCAAUUGUAUCAGAUUUUACUCUAAAUACUUGUUUCAUUUGCAGACUGAGUGGAGUCGUGAAGAAGAUGAAAAGCUACUUCACCUGGCAAAGUUGAUGCCCACACAGUGGAGAACUAUUGCACCCCUUAUUGGUCGCACUGCUUCACAGUGUUUAGAACGAUAUGAGUUUCUCCUGUAAGUAAUUCACUUCCUUUUUCUAAUUAAAAUGUAUUAAUUUGUUUUUCCAUUGAAUUGCUUUUGCAGUCGAACCUCCACUAACAGCCACCUGUCUUCAACAGCCAUUUUUUUGGCUUACAGUCCGUACAUUCACUCUUGUUUUAACCUCUCUACAAUGGCCACGUCCUUCUGUCCCCAAUGUGGCCGUUGUUGAGAGGUUGAACUAUCUUAUUCUACUGUAGUAUCAAUUCUUUCUCCCUCCGUGGUAGAUGGUGUUUAAUUUUCAUACUUUGUACAUUUGUGGGUAAUUAAUGCAAUCAGUUACAUGUACCACCACAGUAAAUUUUAUCUCAUGUCCCAUUGAAGGUUUAACCAGUUGUAUUUUUCACUAAAUUGACACAUCACUGAAUUAGCUGUAAUAGGUGCUUUGCAGGAAGUCAUUCAUGUCUGAAAAAGGCUUAUUCCCCUUCCUUGCCAUAAAAUUUUGUGGGGCUUAGAGAACAGCCACUACACAAAGCUUACACGUGUAGCCAUUUAUAAAAUACAUUUAUCUUGUCAAUAAGGAGUUUAGAAGAGUUUUCAUUACAGGGACGCAGUAACAUGGAACAGCCUGUCAGCUGAGGCUAAGCAGGCCACUACUUUAAAUUGUUUUUAUUCCGCUAUUGUACGUUAAGAUUUUCUUAGUAGGCAUUUAUUAUAGGAUUUUCUCAAUAAUGUUUGUUAUUUUUAAGUCUUAGUUUAAUCUGCACAGCUCUUUAGAAGACCACUUUUUAGUGAUAAGGAUUCCAUGGUUAAAUAAAGUUAUUACUUACUUUUGUUCAUGGCAUUGAAACAAAGUACUGUAUGGUAUUUUCAGAGAUCAAGCUCAAGCAAAAGAAGGAGAAAAAGAUGAAAGUGAGGAUCCACGCAAACUUCGACCUGGAGAAAUUGAUCCAAACCCAGAAACAAAACCAGCUCGUCCAGACCCGAUUGAUAUGGAUGAAGAUGGUAGGAGGUUUCUUUUGUCCAGUGGUGUUCCUUUGUUAGACCUUUAUCCUCUGUUGACAUCAAUAUGGCUUUAUAGCCUGCAUCACAGACAUAAUUUAACCUCAGUUAAUAACGUCUGCAAAGCUGGGCGGAGAUCCCUGUUCUGGACCCCCAAUGCAUUCAGCGAAUUAUCGGAAAUGCAUUUCCAAUUUCCUUUCAUCCUGAUUGGCAGUUAAACAAUGGCUUUUUUUAACAUUCCAAUCAUUGUGCUUACUCAAAUCCUGGUACACAGGUGGUGGCCUACAAUGGAGGACAAAAGAACUUGGGACUGUGGGAAGAAAAAGCCCUUCCACGUAAUUGUUAUGUAGGACUGCUCUUCAUGACAAUUUUUUUGAUGGGCUUUGGGUUCAUCGUGUUGUGGCCCCCCAAACCCCCCUCCCCCACCUCCAGCAAUGUUGUGGCCAAAAAAAGCACUCAUUUUCACCCAUUUUGCUCAAAAUUCAACUUUGUUUGGGGUGAGAGGGGAGGGGUCACUAGUUUUACUAUUUAUUUGGAAAGGUCCCAACACUUUUGACCUCCAUUGCAGAACAAGGAUUUUGGUGCUGUUUUGCAGACAGACUUAACUAACUGAAAUUAAGUUUUAUCUGUGACACAGCCUACAUUUAUAUGGCUUAGUGAUACUGUUAUCUUUGAUUUUGAUUGUUAGAACUGGAGAUGCUGUCUGAGGCAAGAGCCCGUUUGGCAAACACUCAAGGGAAGAAGGCCAAGAGAAAAGCAAGAGAGAAACAGCUUGAAGAGGCUAGGUGAGGUUCUGUUACAUGACUUGUUAAGUACCAAAAAGUAUGCAGCUGUACAGAACAUUGGCAAUAAGUUACAAGUAAGAAAUGUCUUUAAGUUGAAAACUCGACAAUUUUUCUUUACUCACUUUAUUUUGCUGUUGGCUUUAGCUCAAGAAAUCUUUAGAAACAUGCUGUACCCAGGGUUGUCAGAAAGUUUUGAAGUAGACGGUUGAGUUGUCAAAGUAAGCCGCCAGUCCAGGGAUAGUUUAUUUAGAAAACACCAUCAGUAAAGAAAUGCUAAGCAGAGUAGCCGGCCAAUACAAACCAAGAAGGUGGCAAUUUUCGCUGGCAGCCGGCUACUUUUGACAACCGUGUGUAUCAAUGACUUAAGAUGACUUAGAUGACUUAAGAUGACUUUUACAUGUACAUCUAGUAUAAAAGCAGUGAACAAUACUUACACAUCAAACAUCUUCUGAUUAAUUUUUUAACAUCUUCUGUUAAGUACGUCAUUCAGAUGCGAGUUAGUGUUUUGUCUUUUUUUUCAGAAAAUGUAAAUGUCAUCUACUUUUAUGCAUCCUGUUUUUACACCUGUCAGCUUAAACGUCUGUGACUUCAAUUAUUGUUCUAGGGGACUUUAAGACACUACAAAUGUAUCCCCUGCAUAAAAAUGACCAUUUUGUCCAUAGACUAAAAUACACCUGUAACAAUGUCUUCAUAACUGAAUCAAGUUAAAAUGAUUAAGAACUUACAAUGUUUGAAGGACUCAAGAAGUGAGUUGGUGAGUUAUUGGGAGACCACUAACUAUCUGUAGUUUAUCAGUGGUGCAAAUUGCAUUUCAGGCGUCUUGCUGCUUUACAGAAAAGGAGGGAACUUAGGGCUGCUGGUAUUGAGUAAGUAACCAUGUUGUGGUUUAUACAUUUUCUUAGUUUUCCUGUUAUUUUAAGGAAUUUUUCUGUGUCAGUACCUGACCAUUAACAAAUUUUCUAUUUCUUGAUAGUGGUUUAACUGUCUUUGCUCUUGCACAUGUAUUUAAAAGAUUUAGAAAAUAAUUUGUGAGUUAAGCUUAACUAUAGUAUCAAGAAUAUAAAGAUUAUUCUAAUUGUUAACUAAAGCUCAUUUCAGAAUUUUGUACUUCUACUGAUUGCAGUAACUAGGUACCUUAAGAAAGUUUAAUAAUUAAACUUUCUUUCUUUUUUUGGAAUUAAACAGUGAACAUACUUGAAUAGACUUUGGAGAGGAAUUAUUCCUCUCCAAAGUCUAUUCAAGUAUGUUCACUGUUUAAUUCCAAAAAUUAUUCCCUUUGAAUAUAAGGCCCCCAAGUUAAGAAUGUCUCCACUAUCUUCAAAAGGCUUUCUCAGCAAAAUUCCCCAGAACAAAUGGGCUAAAGAAGCCUUUGUAAAAAUGUACCUCUAGCUGUAAGCCCUGGGGCUCAUUUUUGGAAUAACCUGUAUGUAGUACAUUGUAUUUUUCUUACUUUUGCAUGACUGUGAGUUGACUUUCAAGGUAGUAAAAUAAAUUUGUUUCAAAUCCCACGUGUUUUGAACAGAAUCAGGAAGCAUCGCAAGAAACGGAGAGGAGUAGAUUACAAUGCUGAGAUUCCAUUUGAAAAGAGACCAGCUCAAGGUGCAUAUCUAGAAUAUUUUAACUGUAUUUAUAUAUUUAUUUUUGGUGAAUUUGCUUUCAAUCUUACACACUAAUUUCUGCAUGUCUGGUAAGGAUAUAAGACCAAUAAACAAGCUUUUUUUUUCGACAGGUUUUUAUGACACUGGUGAAGAAGAGCUUCCAGACUAUCAACCUGAUUUUAAAAAGCUUCGCCAGGAUCACUUGGAUGGCAAAAUGAGAGAUGAUAUCGAACAGGUUAUUUAAAGUAACUCUUUAACACGGUAUUUAACAUUCUCAGCUUCAACUACAUCUACAGUUUAGUAGGUAGAUACUUAUUUUAAAUGUUAUUUUAAACCUUGUUUCAUUAAGUCUCACAUUUUUGUUUGCAGCAAGAAAGAAAGGAAGACAAAAAAAAGAUGAAAAAGAGAAAGGAGGAUGACCUUCCUGGAGCGGUCAUGCAAAUUAACAAGUAAGACAUACGCUGUCACUAUUAUUUUCAUCCCUCAUCCCUAUUGCUUGUAAGACAAUCGUUCACAAUGUGUUGCUGCAUUGGACUGUACAUUUUUUUAGCUACAGGGCCUUAAACUACUUGCUAAUUUGUGCAUUAGGCUCUGUUCAAACUACACAAAUUUUGUCAUUGUCAUUGUUUUUUUUUUUAAAAAAAUCUGUCAACAGAAAGCCAUUUCUAGAGCGAACAAUUUUUUUUACCUACCAAAAUUUUUUCAAGAGUAACCAAACUUCUGGAAAGUUUGGAGGCUUACAAAGUUUUGUCAGGAGACAAAAUCCUAUGCUCCUUGACAGCUCUCCUACGUCAGGUCAUCUUAUUCCUCGAACAUGACCAGUUAUAGUUCCUUGAACUAUGACAUUUUUGGUUGCAUGAAAACUUUCCAGUUCCUCAGGUGUGAACAAGGGUACAAAAAAGAAAAACUGGUAACUACAAAAUUUCCAAUUUUUUUGCAAACGCCCAACUUUAUUUUUUGUCAUAGUGCAAACAGGGCCUUAGUACUUUAAACUUGAUGCUAAUGAACUCUUUUGUUCGAAGGAUAGGUUUAUGUUACAGUUUUAGGCAGCAAAUAAUAAUGUUAUAUUAUAGAAGGCACAACAAGAAAGUACCGUAAAAAUCCGAAAAUAAGCCCCUCCAUGUAUAAGCCCCUCCAAAUAUAAGCCCCCCGAAAUCGUAACGCAAAAAACCCUCCGUUAAAACACCCCUUCGAAUAUAAGCCCCACAGGGGGCUUGUACUUGGAAUUUGCCCUUGAAUACAAAGUAAAACAAAGCAAAAAUGGUAAAGUACCUUACUACCACUACAAGCUAGCCCGACUGAUUUUGAAACGCAAAUUUCCCUCCAUACAUAAGCCCAUCCGAAUAUAGGCCCCUCCAAAAAAAUAAGCCCCUCAAAAAAGGCCUUUGAAAAAAUAUAAGCCCUGCAGCUUAUUUUCGGAAUUUUACGGUAAUAGGCAAAUUUUUUGUGGCAGUGAGGCACACAACUCUAGGGGUAAGGGUAAACAAACUCGGGGAGGAGCCCGCCUGAACCUUUACAAUAUACUUGACCAUUAACAUCACUUAGCAGUGUGCAAAGAAAGUAUGGUCGAACCUUCAUCAAGCAGCCAACUUUGGGAUACCAGCAAGUGGCUGCUUAAUGGAGGUUGGUCAUUGAGUAAAGGCUGGUCAUAAAUUCAGCAUAAUCUUUAGCAGAAACAUCACGUUAUUCUGAAACACACACACGACUGAAGAAGCAUUGCUAACUCAGGCUAUUUUCCUUCAUCAUAUUCUUAAAAUAAAGCCAAAAUAUUCUGCCGGUCCCUUGGCCUUUUGUUAUGUCGAGUUUCCUCUGUAAUGAGUGGCUUUCCAGUUCCUAUCAUCACUACAAUUUGCACAGUAUGUGUACAUGUACUCUGUACAGCUGUUGUGUCUCAAGAUAGUGUAAUAAUAAUGUUUUAACCUUGUAGGCUGAACAAUCCUGACUCAGUGAAGAAGCGUAGCAAGCUUGUUCUUCCCAAACCACAGAUAUCUGAUACAGAAUUGGAAGAGGUAGACCUUUUGUUCUCACUGAUGCAAAAUUAAUAUUAAAAAAUAUUAUCGUAGUAGGCUUUUUCUGAAUGUUUGUAGUAUGAAGUACUGAAUGGUCCAUCAAUGGCUACUCCUCUAAGAUGGUUGUCUGCGCUAUAGUUGCUUAGUAUAAUUUAGUUUAACACAGAUAUUUUCAGGCAUUCAAGUAAAACACAGCAGAACCAUCUUGAGGAUAGUUUCUUUCUUAGAAAGGUUUACAUGUACAGUAAAACCCCACGACUAAGUACGUGACCUGUUAGGCUAAAAUUCCCCAGUUAAGUCCCCUCUACAUGUAUAUAAAAACCUGUUUAGCCUAAAAUCUGAAGCAGGUUCUUAUUUUCUAAAAUCUAUGAAAAGAUUCUGUACACCUGGGGAAAUAAGAUAAGUCAACAUUCAGAAUCCUCUUUGGAAACAUAGGUGCCUUAUUACUCCAACUGUAAUGUAAAUGCCAAUGUUAAAAUCAAAUAAAAUUGUUAUUUAUACAAUUACGAAUUAAAUACAAGUCUCCUUUUAAUGUUUAUUUCUACACAACUUCUAAUUUGGUAUGGAGAUUUUAUAUAAGGAUUAAGAUAAAUCAGAAAUACUCUUAGCUGUAUUGUAUUUUUUCUUCAGAAAAUUAGAACCUAUUUAACAACCUAAAUAGCCUAAACUUUUGCUAAUUACCAUUUAUAUAAGAACCUGUUCAGGCAAACUUCAAAAAAUAAAGGUUCUUAGUUGCGGGGUUUUACUUACUGUACAUCUUGUAAAGGUGUCGACUGUCAGGAAGUUGACUGUAUUAUUAUUUUGUUACACUGUAGAUUGUGAAAAUGGGCCAAGCCAGUGAAUCAGCUCGUCUGUCAGUAGAGGACAGUACCAUGGCAUCAAAUGCUCUUUUGAGUGAGUACUCAGUGACUCCUGCCACAGCUCAUGCAUUGCGGACUCCUCGUACCCCUGCAGAGCAGGACACGGUAUUACAGGUAGGUUGAAUCAACAACAUACGAUUCUCUGGAAUAGACCUUAUUCACGCACGCGCAAAUUGAUAAAAGCAAUGUCACGUGGUAUUUCAGGGGGCAAACAAGUGUUAAAAUUUGCCGAGACAAGAAAUCGCGGUCGACUUUGUUUAUUCCAGACAACAGAAAAAGUGAACUGUUUCUCCCAAAGACGAUAAUGGCAAAUAAUGGGCGGUCUACUCUUUUGGAUGUAGUAGCGUUUGUAGACGUUCCCACAACAAGCAAUAAUUAGGGACCUUAAGCAACAGCGACGACGACGGCAGUCAAUACAUCACUAAAAAACUGAAUUUGCGUCCUUUCAAACUUUAUCGCGUCUAUUUGAAACCGCACAAUUCGUCAAAUGUAGGCUAGCCAGCGUAGCAAGCGCUUGGAAGUAGUGGGUACAAGAAAAAACGGGCGCGCGAGAAGGAGACACGCGAGUCUCCCUCGCGCGCGCCCGUUCUCUCUUUCGUUCACUACUUCCACGCGUCUGCUACGCAUGCUAAAUGCUGGAGUUGAAUUCUUAACGACUUUAUCGAUGUUCAAAUAGAGAAAGGACAAUUUGUCAUCGUAUGUCCACAUCCUCCACAAAACGUCGCAUUGGGAGGUUUCACGUCGUAGUCGUGUAGUGGACGUCAAAGAAAUGUACUUAAAAGCGUGAUACACUUGCAGAGCAGUUGUUUUCAUAUAAAACCAAUUGUUUGUUGUCGUUGUCGUUGUUGUCGACUCCGUGGAUGUCGGUCGUUUCGCCUACAAGUCGUUUCGCCUACAAGUCGAUUCGCCUACACUGACGUCGAUUCGCCUACAUGAUCUGAGUUGUUUCGCCUACACAUUUAUACAAGUGUAAGUUUACCUUGUGACCAACAUCUUGUUUAUCUUACGAUCUAUCGAUCGAUCGUUGCGAUCUAUAUCGCAUCGUUCUUCGUAUUAACAAAUGACUAUAGUCAAAAUGUAUAGUCUGUAAUCCUAAAAUGAAACCCCAGAAUUUCAAGGCGAAACGACUUGUAGGCGAAACGACCGGUUUCCGACUCCGUUGUUGCUAAAGUUCCCUAAUUAUUUUUUCGUCUUUACAGGAGGCACAAAACAUCUUGGCAUUAUCGAAUGUGGACACACCAUUGAAAGGCGGCAUGAACACACCUCUGACAGAGAGUAAUUUUGAAGGCGUUACCCCUAAACAUCAAGCAAUUCAAACUCCUAAUAUGAUGCUUACAACUCCUUACAGAACUCCACAGGGAGAAGGUACAGGUAAGAUAGACUAUUUUGGAUCUCCAUGCUAUGUUGGGGAGCAAGAACAGCGCAGUGUUGAGAGCACUUGCCUCCUACCCAUGUGGCCCGGGUUCAAAUCCCGGCGUCGACGCCAUAUGUGGGUUGCGUUUGUUGUUGGUUCUCCCCGUUGCUCCGAGAGAUUUUUCUCUGGGUACUAGGGUUUUCCCCUCUCCUCAAAAGCCAUUACUUCCAAAUUCCAGUGCGAGCAGGAAUCAGGUAGGCAAAGAACUACUUUGUGGAUGUCGUACCUCCAAAUCAUUAUAGUAUUUAUUUAUUUGUUAGCAAGAUGUGCAGUGUUGAAUGUGUAGAAACGUGUUGGAGUGGAGUACAUUGUUUCAAGAAGACGCGUCAAAAGCGUUUAUUUGGGCGGAGUGUAUAUCAAAGGCAGAAAAACUUGAAAGUAAACUAAUGAGAAUGUCAGGGUAAGCACAAUAUUAAGGUUGAGAGGCUGUAUGCAAGUCACCUUUUUCUUACCCUUGACCAACAACACAAUCAGAGCGCCAUGUCCUAACCUGCAAACCAAGAUUUAUUUCAGUUUUCAGGCAGUGAGAAAAGACAACCAAGACAACCUCAAAUAUCGCUGCGUUCGCAGGUAGACCUGGCUUUGCAUGCCCAAGCAUCUGCCGAAAAAAUGCAACUUUGAAGCCAAUCUGGCGACCGGGAGAACUUUAUUUGGCGCUCCGCUGCCCGCCCUCGUCUUUGAUAUAUUACGUGAAACAGUAGAGCUGUAUUCAGUGAAAGGUCCAAUAAAAUUAGAGGUUCUUGAGAGCGUUUGCUAUCUUGUCUUGGUCUCCAGCCGUGAGUGUCUCGAUGCGGUCGCGAUUCUUUCCCUCUCAGGGGUGACCUAGGGAGAAUCGCCAGCGCAUGCUCCAUAAUGACACCCACGGCAGGAGACUGAGCAAUCGUAAUUUCGGGAUGAAACACUGUCUUUCAUUUUUUGACAAGUUUCUUCAAUUUGUCUGUCUCUUGAUUGUCUAAGGUACCACUCCGCGCAUGGGCAGAACACCCCAGAGAGGCAGCGGGGCUGGUGGCGCGGUCACGCCUGGGCGUUCGUCAGUGCGGGAUAAACUCAACAUCAAUCCAGAGGAGGCUUUGAUGGAGGAAUAUGAAGCAGGAUACGGAGCAAAACAACAGCAGGCAAGAAUAUAGUUGCUCUUUAUACAUCGUGAUCUCUUAACUCUUCAGAAAAGUAAAAGUUAGUUGUACUGUUCUUUGAACGCCGUGAGUAAGUGUCCGCGUCUGGUUGAUUACAGACCUUAAGAUCCGACGCGGCGGAAGCGAAAACGUCGCUUAAAAGUGACUUCACGUUCUUUCAUUCUUAAUCGCGAUUAUUUCAGCUCAGUUCACUCUGUCAAAUGUAGGUCAACCAUCCUACAGUUGAACUCCUAAGAGCCAUAUCCAAGUUCAGAAAGAGAGAAGAAAUUUCGUCGUCGCUUGUGUACGUCCUCUGUAAAACGUGAAAUUAAGCAUAUUUGGUGAUUGAUCGCCACCUACUUUGGAAUUGGUAGCCGAUUACUUUGCAUUCGUUUUGCUGCUUUUCUCUUUUUUGUUUGUGCUUAAGUGUUCUUCCUACCCCUUUCAGCUGAUUUUGAGUUUUCCUAGUCAUAUAUUGUGCAAAAUAAUCAAAACAAUCGAGUCCAAACGAGUAAACUCGCUGGUGCUUCCGUACUUAACUACCGCCAUGUUUUCAACCACGUAGACAUCCGGGUAUGCAACAUUCACUUCGGCUCAGCCCUUCACGGUAAAACAUGGUAAUGAGUUACUCAAUUCCAGUCCUACACAGUUUGCAAUAAUAAUGGCGGCCUACAAAGGUUUCGCACUUAGCCUCGUUUUGAAAGUGAGAUUUUUUGGAACUCGGAAAUGGCCUAUUGCAUUUUAUUUUUUUCCAUAUUUAAAAAUUAACUUCGGGAACGUGCCUCAGACUCCUUUCUAGGUUUAACGGCCCCUUAUUAGUCACAGCCGCCUCGUUAAGGUUGGGAAGACGCCUACUUCAAAUCCUAUUGAGAACCCUGCUGACAGCAAUCAGCAAGUUUCUUAUUUAUUUAUAAAUUUGACGGCAAAGAAAUGUACAAAAAAGCGUGAUAAGAAAUGUUGUUUUUCUCAUGAGACCAAUUGCUUUUUUGACGUUCUCGUUACUGUCGCCCUCUUUUGGUUUUGUUCAGCUGGGGCUGGUGGUAAAUUUAGAUAACAGUACCCUGCUAACAGAGUUUUCGUCCUUGCAUGGUUUUUUGAAAUUAAUUUUUUUCGCGUCUCCAUUUCUUUGGGAGAAGUAAACAAACGCUCUUAGCGAAUGUUAGUGACGUGAAAGACAUAACUAGUAGGGACCUUUCGAGACUACUACGGCGACGGCAAGGAGAACGUCGAAAAAGCUAUAGCUUUAAUGAGCAAAUCAACAACUCUGCACGUACAUCACCCUUUUUUGUACAUUUCUUUGCUAUCCCUGCACGACUACGACCUGAAAUGACCACAUUUUAAGUUUACCUGAGAACGGUAACGGCAAGCCGAUAAAUUCUACCAUUUCUGUCUGAACUCGGGCGCGGUCCUCUCUCUUCAGCUCCAACCAAGUAACAGGAUCAUCGCGAAAACGUUUAAGAGGAUGCGAAGUCUAUUUUUCAGCGACGUUUUCAUGGACGUCGCCGUUGUUGGAUCGUAAGUACCCUAAUGCCAAAAACCAUGCCGGAAAGAAACCUGUGCUAACAGGGUAGACAGCAGUGUCUCAUGUGUUGUUAUUCUGACGGUGGUCUGUAACAUACGUCAAACACUUUAAAAAGCGCGCUUUGAUGCUUGCUAAAAUUUAAUUGUUUUCUUAACUUUUAGGCGGAAAUGAAGGCUCAGCUGAAAGCAGGGUUAGCGUCAUUACCAGCACCCUCUAAUGACUUCGAGAUUGUGCUACCUGAGGUAAGGUUACAGAUGUACAUUUGUAUUCAGUGUGAUCAUGAUAUGACCGCAGCUUGUAUCCCUUGCACUAACUGGUACGCCCAAAAUCAGAAUUUAUUAAACGUCCCAAACUUUAUUUUCUAAAAUUCUACAUAACUGAAGAUCUGGUUACUCUUAAACUUUUCAUUGGAAGAUCUAGGACUUAAAAUCACCCUUUGAACCGUAAUGAAAUUCCCACAAGCUAUUACUACUGAGAGAGAUCUUUAUUAAUUCAUAUCAGGGUAGCUCAUUCAGACGCCUUAGGUACUGCUAUCAAUUGGGACCCUACAGGGGUUUCAUUUGAAUGCUUUCAACGUAGGAUUUCGUUUACAGACGCAAAAGUUAGAUCAACACUCUAAAUAAUUAUAGAGUACAUACAGUGUCAAAGUACCGCUGAAGCGGUUUCAGUUGAGUGGUCACACCGUAAGACUUUGCCCGCUGACUCAAAAGUGAGAACCACAUUACAUCUGACAUUGUUUCACCUGAGUAGAUAGAACUAAAAUCGCUGUGAGCCUCCACUUUUCUCUGUAAUUCGAAGCAAAGCUUGUUGCUUCCCUACACAAUAAUUUGCUCCUCGUUGAUCCUCGACCUCGAACCCUUUUAGUAAGUCGUUCAGAUAACAGAGGUAAAAAUCCUUAGUAAAGCGUUCCAGCUAUUAGGCGUUAUUGAGGUGAUUAAGCGCGUUUUUGGGCGUGGGCGCGAAGUGCGAGGCUAGCGAGAGGAGGUUAAAAAGUUAAUUUUUUUCCCGCCUUUUGCUAGCCUGAAAUUCAUCCGAUUGCUUCGAGUCGUUUUCUCCUCUCAACAACGUCUGAAUCGACCGCCCGUUAAUGCCGUCCAGCGACGUCACCCACUACCCGAAAACCGGGUAGUGAUUUUGAUUGGUUGAUUGUCUAAACAUUCGCAUAAUUAUGAAAAAUUUUUAGCGGGAUUGUCGCUUGAUAUUCAGCGGAUCGCAUCCCUGGCAUUCUUUCGUUUAGUUCAAACAUUUCGAUAAGCUUAAUCUUUAUCAAGAUUGCCCUUGUCUUCGAAACUGAAAUGCUAAAUUGAACUGCGAAUGAAGAAUCAUUGCGGAGAGUCGGUAGGUUUUUCAUUUAGAGCCGCUUUGUGGUUUCGGCGGCCGGUGAUUUUGUUUACUCGAAGUUUUCUGAGAUCAAUGUUAUAAUUCGACCUUCUUGCUAUUUUUACCGUCAAGUGUAAUGAUUCUGUUAGCUUUUUUUUCUUGUCUCCUUGUUUUUUUUUCUUGGUUAAGGACCAAAUAGCUUUUUAUUAAUUAAAGCAAAUCAUUGUGUUUUUGAACUAAGUGUUCCGUGUGUGUGUUUAUUUCAUUGCGUGAUUGCGACCGAGUUUGAUUAUAGAAUUUAGUACAACCGGUUCAGAGUUAGAAAGUUCAGAUAGUUUGAACGUUAAACAUGAACUACGAUCGAAAAAAAUGAAGCAGUUCUGUAUCAUCCAGACAUUUCCAAACGAUAUUUCUCGGUUUGCCACUUGAAAAUCAUGUUUUACUUUUUGCAUGAAUUAAAGCAAAGGUCAAGGAGUAUUGACGUCACUGGACGACAUUAACGGCCGGUUGAUUCAGACGUUACUGAGGGAGUAAUAACGACUCGAAGUAAUCGGAUGAAAUUCAGGCUAGCCUUUUGCGUGUCUCGCGCUUUGCGAUGGCGCCCUUAGACGCGCAUGAGCGUUCCAAUAACGCCUGCUGCACAGGCUACAAAAUCGUUUUUAUUUCAAUUUUCAGACUGGAGAAGAGGAGGUAGAGGAUGCCACAGAUGAGAGCUUUGUAGAAGAUGCAGCUGACAUUGAUGCAAGGCGGAUGGCCAUGAAGGCUGCUGAAGGUCUGUUGUCCUGAACUGUAAUCUGAAGACUUCGCUUUUUAUUUGAAUUUCCACUUACGUUCAUAUUGCUAGAUGUUAGAGUUUUGUAAACGCAUACGAAUUCAUGCGCGUGCCGCUAUAAUCCACACGGGGACCAGGUGACCGGAGAUUGAUCGUAAACCCGUGGGAAUUCAUCACGCAAUAUCGCAGAGAAAAGUAAAUCAUGAUUCUUUAUAUAUUAUGUAGCUGCUUGAAAUAAUGGCUGCAGUAUAUUUUAAGGCAGAAUAAAAACUUGUUUUCCUUGUUGGUUAAUUACUAACUCUUCAGUAUUUAGGAGACACUUGCCUCGGUCCUCACCUGAGGGUUCCGCCAUGUUAAUUAAUUAAUUAAUUUAUUUAUUGAGUACAGAAUUAAGAGAGCGAAGACGUCAGUCUCAGGCUGUUCAGCGAGAAAUGCCUCGCCCAUCUGAUGUGAACGCUACUGUUCUGCGGCCGGUUAAUGUCGAUCCUCCUCUCAGUGGACUGCAGAAGGUAAAGUUAAAUAGGAAAUUUCUCUUCGCAAGUUAAGUAAGCAGGGCAAUUACUGCGCAGCUUCACCGACAAGUGUAAUCCCUUGUGUCGAUUCUCUAUGUUACAAUGUACGUGUAGAUGUCGGUUAGGUUUGUGUACUAAGUAACGUUUAAGUAACAGCCCCCGGCAGACGGUCUCAUUGAACUGUAUCAAUUGCUUUACGAUUGCUGUCUACUGACUGUGCUGUGCUUACGAAUAACGAACUUUCGCAACUAGCUUGCAAAGGUAUCUUAUUCAUAUUUAAAAAAAUGGUUUCGAAAGGUGAUAAAAAAUGUUUGUAUUUUAACCAACAUGCCAUGAUGAGUGAAAAAGGAUUUUUAGUCUUUAGAAAAUCGCAACCUAGUGUAGAAGUAUGUCAUUUCUUCGCUUUCAAAACUUCCUCCCCAACAAUGCCUUCAAGUUAUUUCGCCCGAAACCAGAGUUAUGUCGCGCGAAAUUUUAUUAUGCGCAACAACAUCCUCACGUCUCUGUUACACAUUUAUCGUUUGUUUCGUCUCAUGGUGAGAGAUGUAUUUCACACACUUUUAACUUUCUUUCUCUGUGUACUACACCGGAUAAAAUUUCGGGCGACAUAAUUCGGGCGAGAUGACUUUUGGGCGACUUGACCGGUUUCCCCUGCAUUUCAUUAAAUUGCAAGCUGAACAGUUGCUGUUGUUUAUCAGGCAGAAGAGCUCAUCAAGCGUGAAAUGGUGACCAUGAUCAGAAGCGACAUCGUCAAUCACCCGACAGCUCAACAAAUCGAAAACCUCACGCACAAGAAAUCCAAAAACGCAGCUCAGGCGGCCAUCGCCGCAACCCGCGCCGCUUUGGAAAUCGAGCCACUGGAAUCCUUUACAGAAAAAGAGAUUGCACAUGCUAAGGAACUGCUUGCAAACGAAAUGGAGUUCGUGAGAUCCAAGAUGGCCCAUGGUGAUCUUCCUAUUGAAAGCUACACUAAAGUCUGGGAAGAAUGUUACGCUCAGGUCAGUGUCUUUUGGUCAAAAGGAAGCUUAAGCAAAGUCGUUUUAGACCGUCGCACAUCAACCGAAAGUGAAACGGCCCCAUAAUGCAGUUCGACACAACACCAACCCAGUCUCAACCGCGAUCUCAAAAUGGUUAAUUUGUUGUCAGUUACAAUUACCUUAUUAGGGAAGUGGUCGAAACUGACAGGAACCAUCCCUCCACGGAAAAACUGGGAACGUCUUUUUGUACUCUACUUCUGACAAUAAGAAAGAUGGUCGGAGACUUUCAUUUUCCUUACUGCGCUAGCGGAAAGUAAUUUUAAGAUUUAAAGGACCCGGCUUGAAAAUGUGCUUUUCAUGCACACAACAUAUAGUUAUGUCUACUCUCGAAUGUUCCGUCAGGCUUACAGUAGUGACUUUAAGAUACACCAUUUCUGUCUACGGGUACGGGUAGGCGAACAUGUUUGCCAAGGCGACCAUCAUUUCCUAGGGCCAGGUCUUUCAAAGCUAGGUUAAGAUAAUCCAGCGUUGUUCCACAUUUUGAAUUCAGAAGUAAAAGCUUACAAAGCAAAUUCCGUUUAAUUCUUUUAGUUCACAAUUUGAUGAUUGGAUGCUCUUAAAAGUAUUGAGAAACUUUUUCGAGAAAACCCCUUUUGAACAAAAGAAAAAGAAACCUAAGGUAAGAGGCACUCUACCCGUGUUGACGGGCUACGAGUACCGGGAUUUACCCUUACCGUCUUCGUGGGUUCUAGUCGAGUGCAUUUGCUAUCACUGCCCACCUAACCCAUAUAAGCUAACAGUAACACUUACUUCUCACUUUGGGCAAAAUGAUGGCUUAGGGGAGGGGUAGGUGGGCAGUUUCCCCAAAAACCUAAAUUGAUCCUCUUUUUUCCCGGAUUACAACUAGAAAACUAGAGCGGUUACGUUUUUUACACUUUCCUUUACUUAGCCACUGACUCGAUGCUGUUUUAACAUCAAGGGGACAGUGUAAAGUGAAUCAUUGCAAAAAAACAAUAUCAUAAUUCUAAUAACAUGGGCAUUUUAAUCACCUUUUAACGACGCGAGGGAAAGUCUUCAAUAAUUUAGCCAUCUCCAUCUGGGCCAACUGCAGCCAGACAGCCAAGGACACGGCUUAGAUAUGAGCAAGUUCUAAUGUCGACGGAGUCUAGGGAUUUUUUUCAAACUAAUUCUUUGGUUUUAAUUGCUAUCGUUUUGUAGGUACUGUUUUUACCAACACAACAGCGUUACACCCGAGCGGCGUUAGCCAGCAAAAAGGACAGGCUAGAAUCGUUAGAAAAGCGACUUGAGGUAAGCUGUUAUGAAGAGCGCGUUUUAUUAUUAAUCUCUCAGCAAAAACGUUUCUCGACGUUUCCAAAAGAUGGGGCGUGUUUCUUAUUUAAACUAGUCUCUCUUUACUCUUCUCUUCUCUCAUCUCAUUUCAGUUUUUAUUUCUUCUCCACUUUUUUUUUCAUGUUAAACGUGUAGAUGAACCGAACGCAUAUGACGGAAGAUGCGAAACGUGCAGCCAAAAUAGAAAAGAAGCUGAAAGUUCUUCUUGGCGGUUAUCAGGUACAAAGGGCAAUAUACUAUUACAUGUAUUUUUUGUUUUUUGGUUUUUUUUUUUCAAAUGAAGUGGUAAUUGCAAUUUAAGCAAUUGCAAAUUUAGCCAAAAAAAAAAAAAAAAAACGGGACUUAACGGGAUUCGAACCCAUGGCCACUGCGUUAGCUGCAGUGCUCUACCAGUUGAGCUAUUCAUCUUAACCCGUGAAUGGAAUGAAACAUAUGAAGAUGAUGUGAACUGCGGAAAUAGAAAUUUUUAAAUGAAGAUAUGAUCGUCGCAUGUAUGAGUCUCGAAACAGAACCCAGAACAUUGAGCCGCAUGUUUGUGAUUGUCUCCUCUUACUGCCUUUUAGCCUGCGAGAAUGCUCUAAAUUUUGAGUGUCAAGCGAAGCGGGCCGUGCGGAAGGGAACAUAGGUGUAAUUAGUUUUCUUAACCCGCUCACAGGAGAUGGAAUCAGUGGAGAGAACCAACCAGCAGUAUUCGUGGCAAUUUCAUGUAGACUGCGUCCAGCUCAAGAAAACGAGUGCUCCCGCGAUUAACCCUUUUUUUUUCUCCACUCCUGAUUGGUUGAGAAAUAACAGCGUGAAUUCUGAUCCAAUCACAAAGCAUCUAUUUGUAGCUGGUAUGAAGCGCGGGAAAACGCAUGCUCCCGCGAUUACCCUUUACUUUUUUUCACUCCUGAUUGGUUGAGAAGUUAGGGCUUGAAUUUUGAUCCAAUGACAAAGCUACUUUUUGUUACCGGCUCAAAGCGCGGGAAAACGCGUGCUCCCGUGAAUACCCUUGUUUUCUCUACUCCUGAUUGGUUGAGAAAUCAGAGCGUGAGUUUUAAUCUCAUCACAAAGCUUAGCGAUUCAAAACUGAGGAAUCUUGUAGUUACUCUCAAUACUAAAUUGAAAUCUUUCUAUGUCAUUUUUGUCUUCAGAGUCGAAGUGUUGGCUUGACUAAGCAGAUCAGUGACCUUUACGAGCAGAUUGAACAAGUGCACAUAGAGAAGGAAACGUUCAGAUCCCUCAGAGAUCACGAACUUAGAGCCAUUCCCAAAAGAGUCGAGGUACAGAUAUUGAUUUAAUUUAGUCUUGCAUUUCGAUCAAGACGAAAGCGUCAACAAAGCCAAUUGAACCGAUAACGGGCGAAACGUUCUUGAACGGAGAUAGUGGCUACCUUUGGCCCAGCCAUGUCAAAAGUGAUGCGUUUUCGAAAAACCUCCGUUGUUUUGUUCUCAGAUUGCAUCAAAGGCACCGCCUCCACACUAGCGUGCAUUGUUUUGGAUCGUAGUCUCGAAGCCAUCGAAAACGCAUACUGGCCAAAUGUUUUCGUUUCCAAGCCAUUCUUGAACGUGUUAUUUUUUACUAUCCCCCGUUAAUGAAUUGUGGUGCCAGUUUAUACACUUUAGCGUUUUCGGAGACCGUCGGGUUUUCUGUCGUUUACACUGGAACGAUAGACCUACUUUUCUCGUUGUUUUAGUGUGAAAGCAAGGCAAAAAACGUAAUAUAAAUGCUUUGAGCAUAAAAUUCCUUGCAAGAACGUCCACAAAAAGAGCAUUUAGCAAGUAGAUUUAAGUGUGGACAAAGGUGGUUUGUAUUGCUGAAUGUAGCUUGAUAGAAGUGUAUUGCAUGUGAUGGUAUAUCAAGACAAGAACCUCUACACUGCAUCUACCCUGCGCGCAGAGGUUUUUUCCGGCGUGUAUACACCGUAUUCACAAAUGGCGGACACGCGGGAUAAAACUGGUGCCUAGUCAUGAAAGCGAGGCGUUGGAGGGUAAACCAAAAUUGCAAAUAAAGACUUUCAGUGAACUUGCACAGUGUUUAGCACGGAUUCCACCUAAAAUAACUUUGUACGGACUUCUUUUUAAAUACAAUUACGUGGGAUGUCUUCUGCUUUUAAUGUUUAGUCGCGAUUUGCUGUUUGCAAUCAAAAGGGACGCGUAUAUCUUCAAGGAAACAGGAUGAUUUUGUAGGUUUCCGAAGCAUCAGAAGCUCGACAAGUGGGCGAUGGCUGGAGAAAAGCGGCAAACAUGUUGGCCCAAACUUCACAUUGAAACCGAGUUCGAAAGCCAGCUCACUGCAAUUCGGUAAAACAGAAAUAUAAACAAUGCAAAUCUUGGUGGCAAGAAAAAAAGAAAUAAGCGACGGAUAUAUAGCCUACUUGUUAACGCAAGAGACGUGUGCCAUUGAACAUAACAGUUCAAGUCGAGAUGGAAAAAAGGAAGACAGGAAAGAAGCGGUGACUGAGGUUUCGAUGAAGUUAUGUUUGGUUUUUGUUUGCCAAGACGUUAUUUUGUGGUCUUUAUCGAUGAAGGACAUCAAUUAGAACUAUUUUUUCAGUAUAAAUGCAGGAGCGAGCGAGUGUAGUACGCUCAAAAUUUCAACUUGUUACUCGGCAGACUCCGGGUAAGCCGGCCACAUAUUAUUUCAGCGAGUAAUUUUCUUAUUUCUUAUCUUUGGCUGUUAAGAGUUUUAACUUCAUGUUCCAUAAUAUUUUAAAAGUGAAGAAUACAUAAAUAAAAUGAUGGUCUUCUAAAACGGAUCCAGACUCGAAUUUAAUGAUUCGAAACAGAAGCUUGCCGUGUUCAGUCCUGACACAAACAUUACCUUAAAAGUUUAACCUAGUAAAUGUUACCUUUAUACCACUUUUUUACCAAGAGCUCUCCGAGAUAAUGCCCUAAAGGAGACCAGGCAAAUAGCAAACCAUAAGAUUCACACGCUAGAGCUUCUAGUUUUGAUAAAAUUAUCAUUUUAUUUCGCAAUGACAAAGAAAUCAAAAGAUCUUUGCUAAGCUCUCCCAACGUACCUCUAACAAUUCACUCCAAAGCGACGGAAUUAAUAUCAUCCAAAGGAAGUUGUAAAUACAGACAUACAUAGAUAUGUAUAAAAUGACAUUGACAUGAAUGAAUGAGUUUCGUGAAUGAAUCUUUCACCCGCUGUAGACUUGACCUGUUUUGUGUAGCUUUGUGUAAUGGCGGAGUUCUUUUCUGUUGACAAGUAGGCUAUAUAUCCGUCGCUUAUUUCUUUUCUUCUCGCCACCAAUACCGGUUUUUACUUCUGUUUUACAGAAUUGCAGUGAGCUGGCUUUCGUAUUCGGUUUCAGCGUGAAGUUUGGGCCAACAUGUUUGCCGCUUUUCUCCAGCCAUCGCCCACUUGUCGAGCUUCUGAUGCUUCGGCAACCUACAAAAUCAUCCUGUUUCCUUGAAGAUAUACGCGUCCCUUUUGAUUGCAAACAGGAAAUCAGUACUAAACAUUAAAAGCAGAAGACGUCUUACGUCAUUGCAUUUAAAAAGACGUCCAUACAAAGUUACUUUAGGUGGAAUCCGUGCUAAACACUCUGCAAGUUCACUGAAAGUCUUCAUUUGUAAUUUUUGUUUACCCUGCAACGCCUCGCUUUCAUGACUAGGCACCAGUUUUUUCCCGCGUGUCCGCCAUUUGUGAAUACGGUGUAUAGCUUUUCAUCCACAAGCUUGUUACUUGCUGUCUUGUUACGCUACUCUAAGUAUUGAAUGAAAGAGCUUUAAUAUCUUCUAAAAUACCUUCUGAAAUUUUAGUAUAUUUGUAAACUGAUUUUCUUAUUUUUAACUGUCUUUUUUUUCUUGCAGUCACUGAGAGAAGAUGUGCGGCGACAAACGGACCGCGAGCACCAACUGCAAAACCGCUACUCGCAUAUGUUGUACGAGAGAGACGCUCUUUACGGCCAAAUGCCACAUUAGUGAGAAUUACUAUCGUGGUUCUACCCAUAAGCAGCGGCCCCAGUUUCAAUCGAACGUUAAUGUGAAAACCUUCAUUUCGCUUCUCUUUUCUCACAUCAGUAAAUUCCACAUAUGCGUGUUAUGUGUAGUGAUCACCAAAUGGGCGUUUUUAUCGUCUUUACAUGAACAUUGCAAGUUACCAGCGAGAGAAGACGGGAAAUCUCAAUGCAAUUUCCUCAUUUUAUCAUCGAUUUAACGCAAGUAAAACCCUGUUGGACGACCUUCUCAAGCCCGUCUUCGGUUGUUGGUUCUUGUUCGUACAGUGCGAAGUAGCGGGGACUAGUCUCCCAAGUGGCUACUAAGCAGCAGUCACCGGCAGUCACCUGCUUUGACGUCCUACUUGACAGAAUCUGUAGACACUUGUGUCUUUUGACAUGCACAGGCUUGUAGUUUGUACCCCGUUUUUCUUAAGGGAUUCUUUGUAACCUACUAGCUCGAAGCUAUUUGUUCGUCUUCCGGUCAAAUUAUCUUCAGUUGUUAGGAGCGCUAGUCUAAGUAGUUAAAAGGGAAAACUAGCAAAAGCACUUUCCAAAUCUUCAUGACGUUUUGAGUUGAUUCACCUACUUUAACCACAACCCGUGCUUCGGUACUUGACAACAAAUAAAAUUCUAUAAAGCUUUUGGUAAAUCCUCCAAGGGAAAACAAACAUUGAUCGCUUUAUUAUGUAACUAUGCAUACUGGAAAUAAACAGCAAAGCGUGAAAUUUCUUAAAAGCUUUUCGUCUGCUCUUUGUUCACAAGGUAAAAUAAUC